CGUUUUUCUCUCUACCCAAUGUUGACUUGACGAGCUCCGAUCCGCGCUCCGAGCCGCGCGCCAUGUCUUUCAGCAACUAUGCUGCCUAUCAGUCGCACGGGUCCUACGGGUCGAGCCAAAAGUCGCCCUUGUUGAACGAGCGCACUGUGAACCUGAACGGGCCUUCAACUUUGUACCAAAUCACCACCCAUGAAACGAAGAAAAAGAAUGUGGAGAAGGGCUUUGAUGCACGGCAGAACUUUGUGCACUUUGUGCACGGUGAUUUGAAGAAUGUGAUCCCUUUGCAGGAGCUCAUGGAACGUCCCAGCGUCCGGAACUUCUUGUAUCGCUCCAAGUGGUUCCAGAGACCACAGGUGGUCUACUUGCGGAGCGUCAUGAGAGGCAGCUUGAUUGCCGCAUGUUCCUUCAUUUGCCUUCUCAUUGCACUCUUCUGUGGAGAUUUCUGUGCCUUUAUGAGUGUGCCCGGAAACCUCCUGUGCGAUGCCAUUUUGACCGUAGCUUUUGUUUUCUUUGUCUUCGAGUUCCUUUUGAAUGCGAUUUCAGACAGGACUUAUCCCAUGAGCUUCUUCUUCUACAUGGACUUGAUUGGAACCUUUUCGAUGGUCUUCGACAUCUCUUACAUGUUUGGUCCCGAUGCAAUGUCCAUCGAAAGGCUGCACACCUCUUCAAGCGCUGGAGGUGGUGUCAUCGUCAUGCGCGCCGCCCGAGCCGCCCGCAUCGGCGCGCGCGCGGGGCGCUUGAGCCGCGUCGCGAAGAUCGUGCGCUUCUUGUCUGGAACAGAGGAUGAAGAGUCCCGAAAUGUUCGAAUGGCCAAAGUCAUCUCCAACAAGCUGUCCGAUGUCUUGUCAAUCCGCGUGGCCUUCGUGGUGAUCUGUGUGGCGGUCGUUCUUCCGUCUUUGAGUAUUUUUGAGUAUCCGGAGAUGGAAGAGUCGCUGACUGCCUGGAGCAAAUUCCUCUCAGAAGAUGUAGCUAGCUACGCUCAAGGUGGUCAGUCUGCAGCUGAGGGGGAGCAGAUGGAGGAGCUUUUGAGGGGCCUCACGGACUUCUACGCUGACUCCAACUAUGGGCCCUUCAUGAUUUGCUAUCGGCUCUCCAAAGGUGACCCUUCUUCGGAGGAGCUGCUGGACUGCGGAAAGGAUUCCAGCACCGUCAAGCUUGUGGUGAAGGGCAACUUCUCUCCGCCAGCGCGGCGGGAGUUCACAAUGGCGACCAGCCUGGAUCAAAUGGAUCUCUUCUUCGAUCUCUCUGCUCCCAAGCGCUUGGAAGCCUUGAUGGGAAUCAGUUUGAUCACGUUCAUUAUUUUAGUGAUGGUGGCGUUCAGUACCAUCUUGACGGAGAACAUCUCGACAGUGGCAUUGCUACCCUUGGAACGAAUGCUGGAUGUGGUUCGUCAUCGAUGCGCUCAGAUCUUCAAGUACACGAAUGCCCUUCAGGAAGAGGCUUCGAGCGAUGAAGAUGAGGAAGAGGAGGAUGAGGAUGAAGAUGAACCUGAGGAGAAAGAAGAAGAGACUGACAAUGAGUUCGCGCUGUUGGAAAAGGCUGUCGCGAAGCUUGGAGCCAUCGCCGCACUUUCAGCCCAGGAUCCUGCGCAAAAGAUGUGGACUGAGAAUGACAUCAUGGUGCAAAACUGGACGCAGUCCGGCGAACGUCAACCCCUCGGAGCUGCGGCCCUCCCUCCAGAGGGGAACGUUUCUGAACGCGGCUCUGUCGCCAGAUAUCACCGGCAAAGCAGCAUGAUGGAGUUGGGACGAAGGAUGUCCAUGCUUUUGGAGGACAGCAAUGCAAUUGAGACGGUGAAUCAAGAUGUGAGCCAAGAGAUCAUGGACCAAGCAAGGACUCCAGAUUUGGAUGCAUUCAGCUUGAAUGGAGCUCAGCUCAAGGCACUGAGUGUGCGGAUUCUGCGUGAGCACGAGAGUACCAAGGAGUUCGUCCGCCGCUUCGUGAAGCCGGUGGUCCUGGUGCAAUUUGUGAACGUCAUGGAAGCGACGUAUGUGGCUUCCAACCCCUUUCACAACUUUGUGCAUGCCGUGGACGUGCUGUGCUGGCUCUGGAUGCAAAUGGUGCAGACCAAAGCCAAGCGCUUCUUAGUGGAUUCUGAGCAGUUCGCCUUACUGGUGGCAGCCAUAGGACAUGAUCUCGGCCACUUGGGGGUCAACAACAACUUCUUGGUGGCGCCCGGGGGCCUUGGACACCGACCAGCCGGUCCGGGACCGGACCGCGCGGUCGGUGUGGGAGACGCAGGUGGGUCUUCAGGUCCGCGGGUCGCUUCACGUUUUGGGAGCAUUGCUCUUGGGGUUCCUGGAGGUGUCCAGCUUUUUGGGGGCGAACGCCACUUCCAGUCGCAUUUUUUGGCUGGUGCAACGCAGGUUCUUUUUCGUCGUCCAGCGGCUGUUCUGAGGACGGCUCACGAGUUGGCGGUGAUUUACAAUGACCGGUCUCCCUUGGAGAAUAUGCAUUGUUGGAAGCUCUUCCAGAUCUUAGGGACCUCCGACACGAAUCUCUUGGGUUCGGUGGACAAGGAGACCUACAAACACAUUCGGAAGAAUAUCAUCGAGGCCAUCCUGCAUACCGAUAUCACCAAGCACAAUGAGAUGGUGAAGGACUUGUCCUUGUUCUACCAGAUGAACAAAGAGACCCUCAACAUCGAAGAAUUGUCAGCUGAGGCAGAGGAUGUUUUGAAAAACAACCGACCCCUGAUGAUGAACAGCUUCCUCCACUCAGCAGAUGUCAACAAUCCUUCCAGACCGUGGGAGGUGGCUGAAAAGCUCGCGCAUCUGUGUAUGGACGAGUUCUUCAGCCAGGGAGAUAAGGAAAAGGAGCUGGGAAUCCCGGUCGGCAUGCUGAACGAUCGAGAGAUGGUCAACAGGGCACACUCUCAGAUCGGCUUCAUCGAGUUCAUGAUCGCGCCCUGGGUCGAGGCCUUGGUUCCCAUGUUUCCGGACUUGGAGUUCAUGUCUGACUACACGGCUGAGAACAUCCAGAAAUGGGCGGCAAUUUGGGAACGUGAGGUGAAGCCGCCCAAGGAGCAGGUUGAGAAGGUGCAGCUUCGUGUCCAGAAGGUGGUGGCCAAUCUCAUUCCGCAGAAGAGCAGCAAGAUGUGAUGAGCCAGGCGCUGAAUGGGCGCUUGCGCUGCAGGAUCGACUGCCUGGAUCCGGGCAUUUUGACCGAGUCCAGCUGUACACAAGGAAAAGAGCCGUCACCCAAGUGGAGUUGCCCUGUUUCUUUCUUUCUUUUUCAGA